GAUCACUUUCAAAACUCUCUCAGCACUUAGACUUUUGAUCCAUUACCCGCGUCCUUCAAUCUAUUCUUUCUUCCAUUAUCUCCUUUCCCAUGCUUCCAUUUUUCCACUCUUUACUUCUCUACUUCAUUAUUUCUCAUCAUUUUCCCCAACCUUUGAAGUUCUUCUGAAGGAAACUGCUUAUUCUCUGCUAAGUUACUAACCAAUAGGAGUUCUUUUCUACCUAGAACUGUUUGUUAAAGGAAUUUAAUAAGUGGGUCUGAAUUCAUAUCCUCAAGUGUUUGACUUAAUUCGAAUUUGUUGCUAUUUUGUCAAUUUUUAAGCUCUGGAAUGAAUCCUAGGGUUCAAGAUUACAUUGGAAUAACAAAUGGAAACAUAUUACACUUAGUCAAUGAUAAUGUUUUUCCUGUACAUUCAAAUGGUAAUAUUUAUCUUAAUGGGUUACCCAAUUUGAGAAAUGGGUUUGUGGGUCAUAAUAGUAACACUAUCAGUAGUAGUAGAACUAGUAGAGAUGUUAAUGGAGUUAAUUCCAUCUUCCCUGAUGAUCCAAGCUUAACAAAUGUAUCCUCCAUAUCUAGUCUUUCCCAUGAAGAGAAUUUCUCAGAAGACUGUGAUUUUUCAGAUUCUGUUUUGAAAUUUAUAAAUCAGAUUCUUGUGGAAGAAGAUGUGGAGGGUAAGGGAUGUAUGCUUCAGGAAUCUUUGCAACAUCAAGCCCUUCAAGGUGCUCAAAAUUCCAAUUACCUUCCUCAGCUUGAUUCACAACCAAAGCUUUCUUACUUUUCUCCAAAUUUCAACAAUAACAACAGUAUAUUGGUUGAUCCCAAUUGGAUUUAUGAACAAGAAAACUUAUAUGGUCUUGAAUUUGAGAAUACUUUUCCUCCUUACCAACCCUUAUUGUCAUCAUCUUGCCCAAUUAGUGUAGACUAUGCCAUGGAUGUGGGCUUGAUGGGUUCUCACUCGGCUGCAAUUGGGGUCCCUGAAACGUGUCGUGGGUUCCUUUCGAUUCGCAAUGACUUGUUUGUUAGUGCUGAUGCAAAUGGGUUACCUUUGAAAUUAGGGGAUAGGUCCUUAAAUCAAGGAUUGAACCAAGAUUUAGAUGAAUUUAGGGAUGGAUGGCGUGUUAGGAAGAAUGGGUUUAGAGUAAACCUUGAUACAAAAGAAGAGAGGAGUUCAAAACAGGCUGCUAUAUAUGAAGAUUCUAAUGUGCGGUCAGAUAUGUUUGACAAGGUUCUGUUGCAUCAUGGUGGUGAUCAAAAUGAGCUUGUUGUGUCUCUUAGAACAACAUUGCGAUCAGCUGCGUUCAAUAAGACCGAAAUAAGUGAUCAGUCGAAAGGAUCGAUUGGUGGGAAGGGUCGUGGUAGGAACCGAGGUAGAAGAAAGGAACUGGUGGAUUUGAGGACACUUCUUAUAACUUGUGCACACGCUGUUGCUACUGAUGAUCGUCGGAUUGCAAAUGAAUUACUAAAGCAGAUCAGGCAGCACUCAUCUCCUCUCGGUGAUGGGAACCAGCGGUUGGCUCAUUAUUUGGCUGAUGGGCUCGAGGCUCGAUUGGCAGGGAUGGGUAGCCAGAUUUAUAAGGCGCUUACUAGCCAAAGAACGGCUGCUGCAGAUGUGUUAAAAGCUUAUUUACUCUACCUUGCAGCCUGUCCAUUCAGGAAGCUGUCGAAUUUUUUCUCGAACAAGUCGAUUGCAAAGCGAACAAGAAAAGCCGCGAAAAUUCACAUAAUUGAUUUUGGGAUUCUAUAUGGGUUUCAAUGGCCUACUUUCAUUCAAAGGCAAUCAAUGAGAGAGGGCGGACCACCAAGGAUUAAGAUUACUGGCAUUGAUUUUCCUCAACCUGGGUUUAGACCAGCUGAAAGGGUUGAGGAGACAGGGCGGCGUUUGGAGAAUUAUGCCCAUGAAUUCGGAGUUCCUUUCAAGUAUCGUGCAAUAGCAAAGAGAUGGGAUGCUAUUGUGCCAGAAGAUUUUGACAUUGAUGAGGAUGAGGUAGUUGUUGUGAAUUGUAUUUAUAGAUUGAAGAACAUGCCAGAUGAAACAGUUUGUGUGGAAAGUUCUAGAAACAUUGUUCUGAAACUGAUUAGAAAACUGAACCCGGAUUUCUUCAUCCAUGGUGUGGUGAAUGGUGCAUACAGUGCACCCUUCUUUGUGACCAGAUUUAGGGAGGCUCUUUUUCACUUCUCCGCACAGUUCGAUGUGCUCGAAACUGUGGUGCCCCGAGAGUACGAUGAGAGGAUGUUGAUUGAGAGAGAUCUUCUUGCUAGGGAGGCCCUCAAUGUCGUAGCUUGCGAAGGAUGGGAAAGGGUGGAGCGCCCAGAGACGUACAAGCAGUGGAAGAUUCGUUUGAUCAGAGCUGGUUUUACGCAGCUCCCUCUUGACUCGGAGAUUAAGGAGCGUGCUUUGACGCAGGUGCACUCGGCUUACCACAAGGAUUUUAUGACCGAUGAAGACAGUCGAUGGCUGCUUCUAGGAUGGAGAGGACGGGUUUUGUUUGCUUUGAGCAUAUGGCAACCUGCAUAAACGACUUAGCUCGAAGCAAAGUUUCGACAAAAUGCGAGUUUUGCCUCUUAGUCCCAUGUUGAUACUGUGAUUGAAGAUCUAAUGUAUCAAAGAAACUUGUGCUGUAGCUGAGCCUAUUUGCUUGUUACUUGGUAGGAUUAAGAUUAUUUGUUGUUUUUGUUCCCAGAACAACAAGCCUUUAUGUGAAGGGUGGGGCCUGAGAAGCAGCAUUUAGAGGAUCAAUUAACUGAGCAGACAGAUGCAGCUGCAGGCUGCAGCCAUCCUUAGAGACCCAAGUUGUCCAUUUACAGUUUGCAUAUCCUUUUAAUUAUGUGUCAUUGUCUAGCAUCACUCAACCUCGUUUUUUGUAUCAAGGUGGAGAUGAGCCUCAUUAUGGGAACAAUUGUGUAAAAUAUGAAAUUUAGAACUUAUUUUUGCUUAUGUUUCCUCUAUAGUUUGUAGCUGAUUUCUUGAGUAAUUGUUGGUUCAUGUAGCGGAUCUUUUUUAGGCAUUAGGCUUUAAGGUUAUUGUGUGUAGUACUCACAAAGCUUGUAUUCAUUUUUUUUUGGUGCGGAUCGAUACCUGUGUUGUCUUUCA